AUGGAACAAGUAAAAGAAUACACGUCAAAAUUCGAAGAAUAUAUCGAAAAAUUCUCGCAGCCUUUGAAACCAUACAUUCCGGCUACUUCUCGUUUCCUUAUCGUGGUCACAUUUCUGGAAGACGCGAUCAGAAUUAUUCUUCAAUGGGACGACCAACUUUGGUAUCUUGAAAAACACCGAGGUUUUCCCUGGGGACUGUCGCAUUUGUUUCUUAUCGUUAAUGUUAUUACGAUGUUAGCAUGCUCUUUCCUAGUUAUCAAACGAAAAUUUCCAGAAUAUUCAGUAGGAGGACUUUUUGCCGUAGUGAUCGCUCAAUCGAUUGGUUAUGGACUCAUCUUCGACAUAAACUUCUUCCUACGUAACCUAUCCGUGAUCGGCGGUCUUUUGAUGGUACUCUCAGACGCCUUCUCAAAAAAGAGAUCGCUAUUCCCCGGGCUACCACAACUAUCAGAAACGGAUCGAAAAACGUACUUCCAAUUAGCCGGUCGCGUCCUCUUAAUCUUUCUAUUCAUCGGCUUCAUUUUCAACGGCGAAUGGUCCAUUACGCGACUAUUCGUCUCGCUUAUCGGGUUCAUCGCCUGUAUUAUGGUUGUGGUUGGAUUCAAGGCGAAGUGGUCCGCGACGUUUUUGGUGCUGUUUUUGUCGAUUUCCAACGUGUUUAUUAACAAUUGGUGGUCGGUGCAUCACGCGCAUCCGCAACGCGAUUUCUUGAAGUAUGAUUUCUUCCAGACGUUGAGUAUUAUGGGUGGGCUGCUGUUACUGGUUAAUAUGGGUCCCGGGGGAAUUUCUCUCGAUGAAAAGAAAAAAGUGUUUUAG